UAGCAUAACAGAUAGCUUAGAGAAAGAGUAGAUAAUAAAUAGAUAAAAUGGUGUAUCGCUGUGUUUGUGCCGGGUGCAAGAACUCCAGCAAAACUGGACAUAGGGUCCAUUGUUUCCCUAAGGACAAAGGGAUCUUCCGAAGCUGGGUGCAAUUUGUCAAGAUUAGGCGGGCAGAUUUUUCAGCUAGCUCUGUCACCGCCUACUCGAGAAUAUGCAGCGCGCAUUUCAAGGAGGAGGAUUACCACUCAGGGGAUGCCAAGAUGGUCGCACUUGGUUUAAAGAAUGAGAAAAUGGCAAAGUUAAUUCCUACCGCCGUGCCGUCUGUGAAUCCAAACCUCUCUGCUUGCCCUGUCCCGAGGUCAAGAGACACCACCGUCUGCCGCAAGCGAGCUAUUGCCACGAUGUUGACAGACGUCUCACAGCAGGAGACCGUGGACAGUGUAGACACUGUGGAGAGUGUCGAUACUGGGGAUCAGCCCUUGCCCUCCUCCACUUCUGACGCUGAGACACAGUGUUAUCUGAAGCCCCCCCGAUGGUCUCACGCUGUGCAGGUUAACCUGAAGCCCAAGAUGGUCAGUGUGGGCACACAGACGUCAUUUAGCCCACAAACCUCCACUCCCCUCGCUAGUCCAGAACAGACAGAUGAAGAUGAUAAUGCCUCUGUCAUCAGUGAAUUAUCAUGGGCGCCCGAAGAGCCGAUGCAUGAGGAGGAUGAGGAGGACUUGUUUGAUGAGGAGCCACCUUACACUUGUGACCCCCACCACAAUGCCAUUGACAAAUUCAUUGUAUGCCAAGAGGACCUGAUGGCCCUUUUUGCCAUCUGUCCGGCCUGUUGUGAGAGGUCAGAUAGUAGCAUCGUGCAGCAGGAAGGAACUUUUGUUAAGAUCAAGCAGGACUGUGCAUCAUGUGGCUACAACCGUUUCUGGCAAAACCAGCCAAUGCUCCACAGGAACAUGCCAACCUGCAACCUCCUGUUAAGUGGGGCCAUUCAUUUCACUGGAUCUUUGGCCACCCAGACAUUAAGAAUGUUGACUCUGUUUGGCCUGCAGUGCAUCAGUGCGAGCAGUUUCUGUGUGUCUGCUUGA